CUUUCUUCCUCGCCUCAACCACCACCACACUCCUCUGGACAUCCAUCAACACCACCUCACGAACGACAUCAACACCACAUCUACUUCCACACAUACCACACACCUCAGACACAAUGGGCAAAGACAGCUACUCACCAGGUGACCCAAAGAAGGGUGCCAACCUCUUCAAGACAAGAUGCGCCCAGUGCCACAACCUGAAGGAGGGCGAGCCCAACAAGAUCGGCCCUAACCUUCACGGCCUCUUCGGUCGCCAGACCGGCCAGGUCGAGGGUUUCUCAUACACCGAUGCGAACAAGCAAAAGGCCAUCACAUGGGAGGAGAACACUCUCUUCGAAUACCUCGAGAACCCAAAGAAGUACAUUCCCGGCACCAAGAUGGCUUUCGGUGGACUCAAGAAGGCCAAGGACCGGAACGAUUUGAUCAAAUACCUCCAGGACGAGACCAAGUAGAUGUCUCUCAUCGGCUGAGCUCGAACGGAGAAUACAACCUCCAUCCACACCGCAUACCCGUUCGAGAUUGUACCAUCAUCUCCAUCCGACCGGCCUUUUUCGACCACGACCUUCUCUAUGAACACCGACCUACAGUCUCCUCGUUUUGAGUCAUUUCGCGGAGGGACUGCAGCAAUGGAAUUGGCAUCAAGCGGGACAACUGAGAAAGCAAGGUUUCUGCUUCUGUGUUAUAUUGUUUGCAUUAGGGCAUGGGUCUUGUGAACGACCCUGUGUAUCAGACCUCUCUUCUCGACA